CCGCAAUCCCGCACUCGAAUAGCUCACUGAGGAGACAGUGGAGAACAAGGUCAUGGAACGAAUCAGUGGCGGCGAGCUAACAGAGAGGCUGCCGCAGGUUCUAUUGCUCGAUAUUCUUUCGAUGCUUGACGUGGAAUCUCUCUGUUCUACAGCUCCUGUUUGUAGAGCUCUUCGUUCUUCGGUUUCUCAAGUCCUUUCAUCUAUCCCUAAUCUCGACCUCUCUGGAUUUACUCCUACGAUGCAGAUCUUAAAUAGAAUUUUGAGUGAUAGUUUUGGUCUCCGGAGCCUAACUCUGGAUUGUCGUCAGUUGGAUGACUCUUCGGUCAGCAUUUUUACAAAAGAACACCUAGUGGAACUUGUGUUACUUAAAUGCUAUCACAUUUCCUCUUACAUAUUUUGUGAAAUUGGUCAAUACUGCUUGAAUUUAAGAAUACUAAGUUUGGAAUUGGUCUGUGGAGAUGGACCUCAUUUUACUCCUAAAUGCAAAAAAUCCAUAGAAAAGAUGUUCAAGAGAUGCCUCCACUUAGAGUCUUUAAGUAUAAAGUUUCAUACUCCAUUUCAUCUCCAUGGUGGAUUUGAUAACAUCCAGCUUGUCCUUCCAAAGCCUCUCAAAACUUUGCUGCUGCAACCUAUCAAGAAUUGGCAAGCAGCAGAGCUUAUUUUAAGCAAUCAACUUAGUAUAGAUAAAAAUCUUCCUUCUACCAUAGAUGUUCAGCCUUCUUGUCUCAUGCUGCAGUCACUCACACUUAUUCUAGAUCUCAUUACGGAUCGACUUAUUCUAAUAAUUACAAAUUAUUUGCAUUAUUUAACCGUCCUAUGUCUGGAAGACAAUCUAUGGACAAAACCAGCUCCGCACAAUGACCUAACAAAUGCGGGACUCGAGUUAUUAAGUUCGAGCAAAAGACUGACAUGCCUUGCUCUGUCAAGGAGCCGACCGAAUGUCUUCGGGAGAAUAACUGAUGUUGGCAUUCUAGUUCUGGCUGAAGGAUGCACAAGGCUUGAAUCCAUUAGGCUGGAAGGAUUUUCUAAAGUAACAGAUGCUGGUUAUAUAUCCAUUCUGCAGUCCUUCAAGACUCUGAAAAGAUUUGAAGUCAUCAACGGCUAUUUGUUGUCAGACUUAGCAUUUCAUGGUCUUACCUUUGUAUCAACAUCUCUUGUUGAAGUGGUAUUGAUAUCCUGCAAUCUUCUAACCAGCGAAGCUGCGGAAUCGUUAUCAUUAUGCAAGAACUUGGAAAUGCUGGACUUGGGGGGUUGCAAAAGCAUUGCUGAUCAUGGAUUGAAUUCAAUUUCGAUGCUCAAUAAGCUUACUUUGCUGGAUCUGAGCGGAGCUGAUAUCACCGAUAGCAGUUUAUCGGCCCUUGGUUUGGGCCGUUCUCCAAUCGCUACUUUGUGUCUGCGCGGCUGCCGAAGGAUUGGAGACCGAGGUUUCAGAAAGCUUUUUAAGAAGGAUAGUGUGAUCGUUGGAACUCUGUCAAAGUUGGACUUGGGUUACUUGCCGGGGGUAACAGAUGAAACAAUUGCUUUGAUUGUGAGGAUGUGCAGCGAAAUCAGUAGUCUCUGCAUUAGGCAUUGCUUCUUUGUAAGUGAUGGAUCAAUUAGAGCUCUUGGCUUGAUGCCAGAUUUUGAAGGCAAAAGAAGAUUGAUCAAAAGGCUUGAUAUUUAUAAAUGCAGUAGACUGUCAGCUGAUUCAAUAGAGUUUUUUUCUCGUCCUUACUUUCGGGGCCUUCGAUGGCUUGGCUUCGGGAACACAAGAUUGCAUGGGAAGGAAGGAGGAAGAAUGGAGGAGCUUUUGAGGGAAAGACCGUUGAUGAGCUCUUGUGUUUAUGGAUGUGAAAUGGGCUGUAAAGAUGGCUGGUUUCUUCAUUAAGAAUCUGAUAGCAGAGGAGAGAGAUUGACAUUCUGAAUAUCUGAUUCUUUUUUUACUUUGAUACAGGAAUGUGAUCAUUUUACAGAAUCAGAUAGGCUGUGUUUGUAUUUUGGUUGAAAGAAAAGCAAAAAAUUUCUUAAAUGGAUAGGAUAAGAAUAAAACAGAUUGUGCUGACUGAUUGAGAGCUAUUUUGUGCCUUAGGCGCUUUUCCAUUACAGUUGUGGGAACCCUGUAUUGAUUAUGCUUUCUUUAUGAGAUAUUACCUGUUCUGUUGGGGUGAGUGAGAGACCCAUUAGUAAAGGAAAAAAUAUU